GGCGGGAUGAAUGUGUGGUGGACGUGACCGGCGGCAGUAUCGGCGAGCUGCGUCUGUGAUCUUCAAGGUACAGGCUAUUCACACUAAAGAUGUACCCCUGCAGUAUAUGUGGCUGUGUUAGCUCUACACUUUCCGCAUUUCUCAGGCAUGUGGCUUUGCACAAAAAUGCCAACAAUUUUUAUGUGAAAUGCCCCUUUCAAGACUGCUACAAGAAAUUUUGCAAAGUUGGCUCGCUCUACAGUCACUUCUGUCGUGGGCACAGACGGGUUAGACGUGCUGAACAAGAAAGCUGUGUUUCCAUCAGCGCGCAUGGUUGCGACUUAGUCUGCACUGUGGACAGCUGCAUACAAGUUUGUAAAGAUUAUAAAGCUCUAAUUGCCCACCUGAAAUUUCACAUUGUUCAAGGUGCAAAAGUGACAUGCCCGUUAUGUAAGAAAGCAUACAAUAAGAAGGCAUCUUUUUCUUCCCAUCUUUCACGUUACCACGGGAAGUACCUUUGCUCAGUAUCAGAUGUGGAAGUUCAAGAGCCUAGGCCUGUUUCAGCAACUGUUACCACCCCUCCACAUGAUGCUGAACAAACUGGAAGCAAUUCAUCUGAGGAGGAAGAGCUACCUAGUACACUGGCACUGCAUCAAGGCAGCAUGCAAGAAAGCUGUAAGAACCAUGUUAGCACUGCUUUUGCCCAUCUGUACCUGCGACUCUUAUCUGAGCGCCAUGUGCCAUCAUCUACAGUUCAAAUUAUUUCUGAGGCUAUAUAUGACAUACAAAAUGCAAAUGCUUCAGCAAUGGCGUCUUGUCUCAAAGAAAAGCUCAGGGAAAAAGCUGUUAACAGUGAUGACAUAGAUAAGCUGAUAGAUGAAACAUUUGAAAGUGAUUAUGUUUUGGCACUGCAUCGAGCACCAGAUGGUGUGUUCAGGACAGAACACAGCCGUUCUUCAUUCUUCAAGAAAGAGUUUCUGUAUGUAUCACCUGUAGAAAUAUUGUUGGGGAAAAACAAGAAGAACAAGAAUGCUACCUUUCAUUACGUGCCAAUUCUAAGUACACUUGAAGCCAUGCUUGAAAAUGAAGAUGUGAUAUCACCGUGCGAUAGGAUACUGCCCGAGACCCCUGGUGUCCUGAAAGAUUUCACUGAUGGAAAUAUGUUCCAGUCUAUUCCACUUUACAAGGAGCAUCCUGAAGCACUGAAGCUUAUACUCUUUCAAGAUGCAUUUGAGGUCGUGAAUCCAAUUGGUUCUGCAAAGAAGAAACACAAACUUCUUGCUGUUUAUUUAAUCCUUGGUAAUCUCUAUCCAUGGAAAAGAUAUGCAGCUCAUUCUCUCAAGUUGUGCUUGCUCUGCAACGAAAAUGAUCUGGCAUAUUUUGGGCAGGCCAAAGUGUUUAUGCCUUUGCUCGAUGAUCUGAAGAAGUUGGAAGCUGGCCAUUUCGUAACUUCAAGAGGAAUGCGUUUGUUUGGCACCGUGACUGCCAUCCUUGGAGACAACCUUGGAAGCCACGGAAUCGGAGGCUUUGUGGAAAAUUUUAGCUCUGCAAGUCACAUCUGUAGGUUUUGCAUCGCUGAAAGAGCUGACCUUUUUUCUCCAAAUGCACUGUCAGGUAUUUCAGAAAUCAGAACACCGGCCAAUUACAAUAGUGCUUUAUUAGCCCUGCAAGCCAAUGGUUCAAGUAUAGAAAAAGGAGUGAAGUUCAAUUCCUUAUUCAAUCAAUUGAAGUACUUCCAUGUGUGUGCUCCAGGUCUCCCUCCUUGUUUGGCACAUGAUUUAUUUGAGGGUGUUGUUUCAUUUGACAUUUCUUUGUAUAUUAAGCAUUUUGUAACGGUUCUCAAGUGGAUUUCGCUUGAAGACCUUAAUCAGCGCAUUACUUGUUUUCAUUUUAAACAUGAUGAUUUGGCAGACCGGCCGUGUGAAGUUCACUUCAAGAAAGCACUAGGAGGCCAUGCGGUUCAAAACUGGAACAUGUUGCGCUUUCUUCCAUUGUUUCUACUUGGUUCAAUUCAGUCUACGGAAAAUGAUAUCUGGCAACAAGUUCUUUUGCUUUCUGAAAUUGUCCUGCUUGUUACUGCACAUAGUAUCACACUCCCCAUGGUUAUGAGGCUGCAAGACCUUAUAGAGGACUACAUGACGGGCAGAGCACACCUCUUCCCUUACGUUGCCAUGAAGCCUAAGCAUCAUUACCUGAUUCAUUACCCGUUUCUGAUUACACAGUUUGGCCCACUGAUAAAGAUGUGGACAAUGAGGUGUGAAAGUAAGCACAGCUAUUUCCGUAAGUGUGCAAGAAAUUGCCAGAAUUUCAGGAACUUGACGCACACACUUUCUGAGCGCCAUCAGCUUUAUCAGGCAUAUAAGAACACAGGAGCAGGUAUUCAUGGUUUAGUCAAUAGUUCCUCAUUCUCUAGUGAGCUUUGCACACCAGAAAUACAAAAGGAAGUACGCGAUGUGAUCAUUGAAGAAGGUAAUAUAUUCUCGGCCAGUCAAGCUACUAUCCGUGGCAUGCUUUACAAACAGGACAUGCUUGUUGUUAUGAGGCGGACGGAUGGCGCUCCAGUUUUUGGUGAGAUUAGGCUUAUUCUUGCCAGUAAUGGCGAUCACUUUUUCUUAUUAAGAACUGUCCACGCAAGAUAUGAGCCUGCUAUGCUCUUCUACAGCAUUAUCAGUAGUGAUGGUCCUUUCAAAUGCAUGAAGCUUGAAAGCCUCCUUGAUUGGACUCCAUUGGUGCAGUAUAAACUUGCCCGCAACAAGUACCCUGUUGUUGUGCUGAAGCAUGCUAUAUUAGAUUUUGUUUGAUUUCAUGCUUUUGACAGGCAAAAUGGACUUGCGACAGCAUAUUUCCAGUUGGCUGCCGCACUUGGACAAUGAAGUGAUCGAACAGAUUGUACAGAAACUGCUGGACUGUGGUGUUCAGUCACUUGAGCACCUCAAGUAUGUAGUGGAGGCUGACCUAAUGUUCCUGAGUGUUGUCAGUAGACGCAUCCUGCUCGAAAAGUUCCAGACAGCUGCUUCACCAGCCGUGCAAGUGUCCAUUCCCCAAGGAAGCGAAGCUUCUGUGAGCUUGUUGGGCCAGGCUUUUGAUAUUCCAUGGGAUGCAUUUCCACCCGAACUCAUAAAAGCAUGUCAAGAUGGCAGGCGCCCACUGAAAAGUGAUCUGAAUGAAAUGAUUAGGACACUAAGUGACAGGGUGCUUGCCUGCUACCAGAAGCCUGGGCGCAAAGUGCUGCGAGUCAUUGCGAGGGAAAUUGUCAGCAAAUAUCCAAGAACUUUUGAGGACACCCUCAAUGGCACCAUCAUUGCUACAGGACUAGAAACGCUUCUAUGGAAGCUGGAGAAUUGUAUUAACAACAAAAGAAGGCACAGUUCUGAGUGUUCGAAGCGGUGUUUUUCAGAAGAUGAAGAGUUGACCACAAAGAAACCACAACUCCAAAAAGAUUCUUAUGGCUGUGUAGCCUGGCAGCCUGACCUUCCGUCUACGGAAACAGCUGAAACUCAAGAGAACAAAAGAAAAGAGUUGCAAGCCCAAUUCAGGCUAGCUUCCCCAAACAGUUCUCGAGUCACACAGCUAAUGGCCGAAACAUAUUCGUCACAGAGGCAGGUGAUUAAUGCCAGCAGAAGCGUGGUGAACGUGAAGGAAAACUGGCCUUUCCUCUUUGAAGAAGCACACAUGUGUUCACAUGUCAAUAUACUGCUGGGGUUCAGUGCCUCGCAAACAUUUGACGAUCAGGUUAAGACUGUUGGGCGACAGGUUUUUAGGUAUGCUCACAGCUUAAUAAAGAAGCCGAACGUGAGGACAUGCCUAGAGGAAAUUGAAAAGGCCAGAAUUGAAACGAAAUCAAUGGCUGUAGAGUAUGAAGCCACUCCCCUCCUCCUACUUGCCAUCUUCGAUGAAGACCGGGAGCUAUUCUGCAAGGUAGUCGAGGAAUCUGCUAGUGAUGACGACCUUGGGGACAUGCCAUGUUCUCCCUUCAUCAUUGCAAAAGGAGGCAGUUUUCUUACUGCUAAGAGCUUCGUCGUAUGUGUCGACAGCCUGCCAGCGAUGCAUGCAACGAACCCCUGCCAGGCGUUCAAGCUGAUGUUUUUUGUUCACUUCGCGUUCAACGUUGCGUACCCCAAAGACACAAGCCUCUGCCUGGAGUUCACACAGCGAACCAUUGCAGGUGUGAACCCUGGCAGGGGAACCAAGGUGGAGCGGACCAAGAAAAAGCAGCAUUGCCUCUCCCCAAAAGUGGCCUCCCUCGUCACAUCGUUGAAAGACUAUGACUUUUAACUGUUCUGUAACUUAAAAACGUUCAAUAUCAAUGCACUGUGAUAAUGUAACAACUCGUGGCAUGCCUUAUGCCUUGUUUCUACCUCACUGCUUAAUGCAGUACUAGUCUCAAGCAAGGCACAGUUUGCCCCAGUCACUUUCCUUUUCCAUAUACUUUCCAUAUACUGCUUGUAUGCAUUAGUAGUUGCAAGGCUGGACAUACUAAGUGGGGUGACUGUUUUUGGUUGCACUGUGGUAAUGUAACAACUUGUGGCAUGCCUUAUGCCUUGUUGUUUGUAUCUCACUGCUUAAUGCAGCACUAGUCUCAAGCAAGGCGCAGUUUGCCCAAGUCACUUUCCUUAUGCAUAUACUUGGCGUUGCAGUUUAGUGACUGGUUGGAUACAUUGUAGUACUGCUGUCUCUAUUCUAAUAUUUUAAGUUUUAUAUUGUAGUUGCAAGGUUGAACAUACUAAGUGGGGUGACUGUUUUUGGUUGCACUGUGAUAAUGUAACAACUUGUGGCAUGCCUUAUGCCUUGUUGUUUGUAUCUCACUGCUUAAUGCAGCACUAGUCUCAAGCAAGGCGCAGUUUGCCCAAGUCACUUUCCUUAUGCAUAUACUUGGCGUUGCAGUUUAGUGACUGGUUGUAUACAUUGUAGUACUGCUGUCUCUAUUCUAAUAUUUUAAGUUUUAUAUUGUAGUUGCAAGGUUGAACAUACUAAGUGGGGUGACUGUUUUUGGUUGCACUGUGAUAAUGUAACAACUUGUGGCAUGCCUUAUGCCUUGUUGUUUGUAUCUCACUGCUUAAUGCAGUACUAGUCUCAAGCAAGGCACAGUUUGCCCAAGUCACUUUCCUUAUACAUAUACUUGGCGUUGCAGUUUAGUGACUGGUUGGAUACAUUGUAGUACUGCUGUCUCUAUUCUAAUAUUUUAAUUUUUAUGUAGUAGUUGCAAGGCUGGACAUACUAAGUGGGGUGACUGUUCUUGGUUACACUGUGAUAAUGUAACAACUUGUGGCAUGCCUUAUGCCUUGUUGUUUGUAUCUCACUGCUUAAUGCAGCACUAGUCUCAAGCAAGUCACUUUCCUUAUACAUAUACUUGGCGUUACAAUUUAGUGAGUGGUUGUAUACAUUGUAGUACUCUUGUCUCUAUUCUAGUAAUAUUUUAAUUUUUAUAUUGUAGUUGCAAGGUUGGACAUGCUAAGUGGGGUGGCACAAUGUUUUUGGUUGCACUGUGAUAAUGUAACAACUUAUGGCAUGCCUUAUGCCUUGUUGUUUGUAUCUCACUGCUUAAUGCAGUACUAGUCUCAGGCAAGGCACAGUUUGCCCAAGUCACUUUCCUUAUACAUAAACUUGGCGUUGCAGUUUAGUGAGUGGUUGGAUACAUUGUAGUACUGCUGUCUCUAUCCUAAUAUUUUAAUUUUUAUAUUGUAGUUGCAAGGUUGGACAUACUAAGUGGGGUGACACAGUUUUUGGUUGCACUGUGAUAAUGUAACAACUUGUGGCAUGCCUUAAGCUUUGUUUGUAUCUCACUGCUUAAUGCAAUACUAGUGGCAGCCAGAAUUGAUGCUUGUUGGGAGAGUUGGUGGUUUGUAAGUGCUAAAACAGAGUGCAACAAGAUGGGACAAGAAAGAGCACUCGCUUUCACCUGUUUGUAUCUUGCUGUUUUCAUCUAUAGAUAUAUGCAUGAACUAUCAGCACGAAAUUGAAAAGCACAUUCGAUACAACUUAACCCUUUGCCGAUUGCCAACGAUCCGAAACGACCUCAUUUAUCAUAGUUCCAGUGAUACCAUAUUCAUGCAUGUUACUUGCACAUGCAGUAUUCAGUGCCUCGAUAAGCUCCCUAACUCGCUUGUCUUUGUGAUGGUUGUAUAAAUGUUAUAAACGGGGAUAAGGUGCCUCAGAGAGGCUGGCCUUAUCCCUGUUUAUGACCUUUAUACCACAGUGUGCUAUUCCAUCUGUCAGCCCCUUUCUUGAUUUUGGAUUUGUGACGGUUACUAAUCCGACUGUUCAAACAAAGGCACGCAUGGCCUAGAACAGCCCCAUCGCCUAGACUGCGUCCUGCAUUGACGGCAGUGCAAGCUACAUUGGUUACAAUAUUAAUGAGAGGAACCAGGGCCACCUAAGCCUGCACUGCCAUCAAUGCGGGACGCAAUCUAGGUGACGGAGCCGUUCCAAGCCACAAAAAGUAGUGGGUUAGCGAGACUAUUGAGGCAAUGAAUAUUGCACGUGCAGCUAGCAGGUGUGUGAUCGUUCCAUCGGUGGCACUAUCGAGAAAAGAUCCAAGUUGUACCGGCGUUGGGGUCAGUCACCUUAAUUCUUGCUUUCAGUUUCAUGCUGGCGGUUCAUGUGUGUAUUUAUACGUGGCAACAUCAAGGAAUAAACAGUUGAAAGUUGGCACUCCUGUCGUCUCAAGAUUGGACGUACCAGUUAGGACCCAGUUGGUUGCUUUUGGUUACACUGUGAUAAUGCAAACAGCCUGUUUCAUGCCUUAUGACUUGUUGCUCGUAUCUCACUGCUUCAUGCAGUACUAGUGUCAAGGAAGGCAUCAUUUGCGAAUUUGCACAAUUCUUCUAAUGCAUAUACUUGCCGUUACAGUUUAGUGACCAGUUGUAUAUUCAUUGUAUUGCAUAAUUAUUUUAUUUGACAAGAUUGAUUCGCCCUACUUAGUAUGUCCAAUGUUUUGGUUAUACUGCAAUAAUGCAAAAAUCCUGUGGAUGAGUUAUGUUCUAUUGCUUGUAUCUCACUAGCUGCUUCAUUCUGUACUAGUGUCAAGCAAGGCACAUUUGCGCUAGACACUCCUUAUGCGCAUAUACUUGCCAUCACACUUUAGUGAUUGGUUGUCUUCAUUGUACAGGUAUUACUUUCUGUGUUGCAUUUAUUGUAUUGCCAUUUUAGAGUGAAUCAUAUGUGCUCCUGUAUACUUACCGUUACUGCAUACCUUAUUAGCAGCUGUCCCAUAUAGGGAGUGCAGGAAGGGCAAUUUUAUUGCCUUUUUUCUUUGGUCACCUAUCUACCAUUUACCUUAAUUACGUGAUGCUGUAAGACGUAGUAAAUUACUAGUCAUGAUGACAUUGUUUAAUAUUGCACCUGCAUUUAUCACUAUUGUUCAAUACUUACACGUGCCAUUUCUAGCAGUCCCAUAAAGCAGUGAAAUAUCUCAUUGCAUUGAAACAUGGCAGGAGUUGUAAUGUUCUGUUAUGUAUGUAUACAUAUUAUGUAUUAUGUAUAAUAAAAGGUGGUGUGAAAU